AUGAGUUUCUUCGGAUCGAUGGGCACCACGCUGGGCGCGCCGAUCGGCGGCGGCGGCUCGCUCUUCGGCCAGCAGCCGAGCAGCAGCGCCUUCGGCUCGGUCGCCGGCCAGACCGGCGUCCAGCAGCUGCACAAUCCGAACAAGGACAUCGAGGUGUCCAGUCCGCCGGAGGACUCCAUCAGCGGGCUGGCCUUCUCGCCGCCCUCCCUCCAGCAGAACUUUCUCGUGUCCGGUUCGUGGGACAACCAAAUUCGGUGCUGGGAGGUGACGGGGGGCGUCGGCGCCUGGCAGACCAUUCCCAAGGCGCAGCAGUCGCACUCGGGCCCGGUGCUCGAUGUUCGCUUCAGUGACGAUGGAACGAAGGUUUUCUCCGCCUCGUGUGACAAGACGGUUAAGAUGUGGGACCUGGCCAGUAACCAGACGAUGCAGGUCGCCCAGCACGACGCUCCGGUGAAGACGGUGCACUACAUCAAGGCGCCCAACUACAACUGCCUGAUGACCACCAGCUGGGAUAAGACUAUCAAGCUCUGGGACCUUCGCUCCCCCAAUCCCGGCAUGACGGUGAACCUCGCCGAGAAGAGCUACUGCGCCGACGCCCAGUACCCGAUGGCGGUGGUCAGCCUGGCGAAUCGCGCCAUCAUCGUCUACUCGCUCGAAAACGGCAUCAGCCAGUUCAAGCAGAUCGAGUCGCCGCUCAAGUACCAGCACCGCUGCGUCUCCAUCUUCACCGACCGGGAGAAGCCGAACAACCCGCCGACCGGCUUCGCCAUCGGCAGCGUCGAGGGCCGCGUCGCCAUUCAGUACCUCAGUCCGGCCAAUCCGAAGGACAACUUCACCUUCAAGUGCCACCGCUCCAAUGGCACCAACAACAACUUCCAGGACGUCUUCGUGGUGCACGACAUCUCCUUCCACCCGCAGCACGGCACGCUGGCCACCGUCGGCUCCGACGGCCGCUACUCCUUCUGGGACAAGGACGCCCGCACCAAGCUGAAGACCUCGGAGCAGGUGGAGCAAUCGAUCACCCGGUCCGCCUUCUCCGCCCGGGGCGAGAUCUUCGCCUACGCCUCCAGCUACGACUGGUCGAAGGGGCACGAGUUCUACAAUCCGCAGAAGAAGAACUACAUCUUUCUGCACAGCUGCUUCGAGGAGCUGCGUCCGCGAAAGAAGAACUAG